UUAGAAAUAUUUUCUAUAGAAAUAUACAAGAUUAUUAUUAUCCCAAUUUUAAUCUUUAUAUUUUAUACUACUAUAAUCUUUACUAGCAUAAAGAUUGUGGUAGACUCCGGCGUUGUUCGUGUGUCAAAGUUGGAGACCGGACGCUUGAACGGUUACGUUUGCGCUUUCAACGCUCUUCCUACGACUUCUUCGUUUUACCGCUUACGGAGAAAAGGUACAAAUUUCUUACUACUAUAAGUUUUAGUACGUGAUUCUGGGCAAGAUAAUCAUGUUAGGAUGUUAAAAUUUUUAUAUUCCGCUGCCUAUCCUUGCAUGGUUACCUUUCAGGGGGCGGGAGGAGGGGCUGGGGUGGGGGGUUUAGGGGGAGGGUUAAGGGGGGAUGUGGUGGAGGACCCGCCGUCGAGGUUGAUCGGCCAGUUUCUCAACAAACAGAGGGCGGCGGCCGGGGGAGAGAUGUGUCUGGACAUGGACAUGGAAAUGGACGAGUUGCGUGACAGCAGCUCGGGUGCAUGUGCAUGUUCCCCCGUUAGUUUUCCUCCCCGGGAACCCUAUUUCUCUAGUCGCUACAACAGCAAUCGGAUCUCCGCAUCAAGAGAUCUCAAAGUUCAAUUCAUUGAAGAGCAUUCGGGAGAUUCAACGCCUCCCAACAGCAGAGUGGUCGAUACCACCCCCGAUCAUCACCAACAAACUCAUUCUCCAUCAUCUUCGUUGUCGUCAUCUGAUGACGACGACGACGAUGAAGAGAUGAUGGAGCCGCCUCAACAACAGCAACAACAACGCAGCAGGAGAAGAACGUCAGGGAGCAUGACUUUUAGCUUCAACAACAAGAACAACGUUGUUGAGGGGAGCGGAGGAGGAGAUGUCCACGUGGUGAAAUGCACCUCCUUCCAAAGGAGGGGCAGUUUCAUGGCAGGGAGAAUGAUGAUAAACAAAACCAAGUCAAGGCUAAUGGAUGACAUUGUGGUCGUCCCGGACGUUGUCGUUUCAGAGAAGAAGUCCGGGAGGAUAUUUGGGAAAUCGUCUGUUCAGACCAUGAGGUCUUCUGGACUGAUGAUGGGAAAGUCGCCCGAGGAGGAGGAAGACGAUCCUCUCUUGGACGACUUUGACAUUCCAGACGAAUUCAAGAGUUCGAAAAUCGACGCGCUCACCCUGGCACAGUGGAUCAGCUUGGUGGUCAUUGUAACGGUGGCCGUAUUUUUCAUCGAGAGGAACUUUCUGCUAAGGAAGAGGUUGUUGUAUUUCGUGUAUGGGGUGAGGAGAGCGGUGCAGAAUUGCUUGUGGCUAGGGCUGGUGCUCAUUGCAUGGCACUCCAUGUUCGACAAGAAGGUGGAAGGGAACAACGACUUCCUCCGGUCUGUCAACAAGAUCAUGGUGUGCAUGUUGAUCGGCAUCACCCUCUGGCUGCUCAAGACUCUAAUGGUGAAAGUACUGGCUUCUUCGUUCCACGUUAGCAAAUUCUUUGACCGGAUUCAGGAGUCACUUUUCAACCAGUAUAUCAUCGAAGCUUUGUCGGGUCCCCCGUUGAACGAGAUACACAACCAGCAGGAGGAGGAAGAUAGGGCGAUGUCAGAGGUGUGGAAGCUUCAGGAUGCUGGGGUGAAGUUGCCCCCGGAGCUUAAAGCAUCUACUUUCAAGCACCUAAAGAGCAACAACGAUUUCAACAAGGUGGUUGAUCAUGGUGGUGGUGGUGGAGGGGCAACGCCGACAAGAAUCUCUGGCAUCAUAUCCACCAGAAGCGUGGCGGAAGAGCCGGAGCAACAGCAACAUAAUCAAGGGAUAACAAUUGAUUUUCUACACAAGUUAAACCCGAGGAACAUUUCAGCGUGGAACAUGAAGAGGUUGGUGAAAAUGGUCCGGCACGGGGUGCUGUCUACGCUAGAUGAGCAAAUCCAUUGCACGGCACAGAAGUACGAGGCCAACCAGAUCAGGAGCGAGUGCGAGGCUAAAUUGGCUGCCAGGAAGAUAUUUCAUAAUGUGGCCAAGCCCAAGUCCAAAGAAAGAAGAGCAUUAGCACUAACGUUGGACGACACAAAAACAACAGUUAAAAAGUUGCACCAAAUGGUGACGGUGUUGGUGGCGGUCAUCAUUUUCCUCAUCAGCCUCGUAAUCCUAGGAUUUGUAACGGGAAGGGAUCUUAUGUACAUAAGCUCCCAAGUGGUGAUCAUGACAUUCAUUUUUGGGAACCAAUGCAAGAACGUGUUCGAGGCAAUCAUGUUCUUGUUCGUGAUGCAUCCGUUCGAUGUGGGGGACAAAUGCGAGGUGGACGGAGUAGAGAUGGUGGUGGAGGAGAUGAACAUAUUGACAACUGUGUUCCUGAGGUAUGACAACCUAAAGGCUCACUUCCCAAACAGCACGCUGGCAAUGCGGCCCAUAGGGAACUUCUACCGGAGCCCAGACAUGGGAGACUCAGUGAACUUCUUGGUCCACAUAGUGACGCCAAUGGACAAGAUAAAAGUAAUGAACCAGAGGAUAGUGAACUUUGUGGGGAGCAAGAAGGAGCACUGGUAUUCGUCCCCCAUGGUUGUGUUGAUGAACAUUGGGGACAUAAACAAGCUGAAAAUGUCAGUUUGGCUGAGACACAGGAUGAACUUCCAAGACAUGGGAGAGAGGUGGUUGCGACGCGCUCAGCUGGUGGAUGAGAUGGUUAAAAUCUUCAAGGAGAUAGACAUUGACUACCGCCUCUAUCCUAUCGACAUUAACAUUAGGGCGAUGCCCCCUACCGUUCAAUCCACCCGACAUCCGCCUAAGUGGCAGCCUCCCUCCAUCCCAGAUCCAUCGGCUUGAUGUGCAUGCCUUUAUUGGGUUGGGUGUAUGCUUCCAAAUUAUAUCCUUCAAGUCCACAAUAUGAAUUCAAAUUGAACUCUCAAGCCAUUUUUGAUAGUUGUAUUUAGACUUACACUGAAGUGGAUUUCUUAAAACCAUUUAAAAACUUGUGUUUCAAUUCAGUUGGAUUAGUUUUCUACCUCGUUUUACUUUACUUAGUUAGUAGUAUGAAGUAUCAAAUACUCGGUAGCUAAUUUUUUCUUAAAGCACUUGUAUUAAUUAAUAAGCACCUAUGUGUGGU